AAUAAAACGCGGUCGUCAUGACAACAAACAAAAGCGUAAACAAACAAUCUAUGCAAACAAUCGAGGAAAAAUGUCCAACCUGAGCGGUUAUGAUAGCGAAGCUAUAGGCUUCGACUCAAUAAGUCAGGAGUCGCGGCCUGAAGUCACGGCCUCCACGCAGACAGACUACGGAGAGUCGGGGGUCAGCACCCAGACGGCGAUGUAUGCUGACUGCGGCUCCACUGCCACCCCUGAGGACCUAGUGGCACAAGAUGACGUCUUAAAGGAGUACCCUCCUCCAGGUCUGAAUGAAUUCUUGCGAAAGGUGGUCCCCGGCAUGCUCGAGCAGCUCGACCAGACCAGCCGCGACGUUUUGUACAACUCCUCAGACUCGGAUGAAGAGGACGCUCUCACUGCCAAAAUGGUGCAAGAAUUGAUGGUUUCCGAUUUGAGAGGAGCUGGCGGUGAUCAGCCCACGUCUGUGCUGGACCUGUCGUGGAGUAGUGCUGGCAAUUCACUGGCUGUUUCUAUCGGCAAAACGCAACACCAGUUCUGGUGCACUGAUGAUGGCAUGAUCAGAAUUUAUACCAUGAAACCUUCGGCCGGGGAGAAGUUUGCGCACAGUUGCGACAUAUCCGAGAAGAGCUGCGUCUCCGUCGUCAAAUACCAUCCGUCUAUCGCUGCUCUGUUGGCAUACGGAACUGCCUCGGGAGAGGUAGUGUUGUGCAACCUGAGGAAUUCCGAGGAGGACAUGCAGUUGACUUCACCCGCGGACUGCCAUGGCGCCAAACGCGUCUCCGCGCUAAUGUGGGCCGACGCACCGCUCGCCAACAUAUUCCUGACUAUCCAAAUUACAAACACCGGCAAGCGCAGAGUCGCUUCAGAUCAAAUACUCUUGUCUUCCGCGAGCGACGGCUCUCUGAACGCGUGGCGCGUCAACGCGAACCUGAAGAUAUUCGAGAUAGUGGAGUCUUAUGCAGUGAACAGUGCGCGGAAGACUGUGGCGCCAGAUAUUACCUGCUUUGACUUCAUCAAGACUUAUCCACUAAGACCUUCUGGCGAAAAAGUGCCUGAUGACGUGUUUGUGGUUGGAACGAAGACCGGAAGCCUGUUCUUGUGUAAGAUUAAGGGGGGACAGAAGGUGGGUGAAGCGACGGACCCUGUGUACGAGGUGCUGGACGGCCACUCCACCUGUGUGAUGGCUGUCGCAUUUAGUUUACAAAAGCCGGGUAUCUUUGCCUCGGUUUCCAUUGAUUCAGAGUUGAAAGUUUACGACAUCAACCAAACGGCACCAUUGAAGGUGUUAUGCCUGGACGUGUCGAUAUCGUGCAUGGCGUGGCUGCCCCACAAUCCAUCGGUGGUGGCGGUGGGUGUGAGUGGCCGCGGCGGCCCACUGCGGCUGUACAACGUGCGUAGCGGCAGCCCCGUCAAGGUGGAGGGGCUGACGUGGGACAGCGACCACAAAAUCACCGCGAUUGCCAUCAACCAGAGCGGGUGGUGUCGCAUCGCAGCCGGUGAUUGCGAAGGGCGCGUGCGCGUGUGGGAGCUGCCCGCGCGUCGCAUCAAGCUUGCUGCUGACGAGUUGGACUUCUAGAUGUUACUUUACGACGAAUAAACUUAUUUUUGGUA